AACAAUUUGCUAAAAAUAUCCCAAAAAUAAUUUGAUUUUCAGGACAUUAUCAUCAAAACAUUUGGCACUUGUGUUUGUGUGUAUGUGUUUGAACAGUCACUUAUAUAGUACAUACACACACAUAUCAGCUAACCAACCACUGAACAUAUCAUAAAACAUAUAUACCGUUGAGGAAUAUUCCAAGCCAUCGGUUCCCUUCCACCCCUCCCUUUCUAACUCCCCCCUCCCCUCUACCCAUUGCCAUCACAUCAUCUGAUCAUCACAUUUGGUCUGACAUAUCAAUCAGUUAAUAAUAAGUCAUUGAAUAGAUACACAACAACUACAACAUCAACAACAAUCAGUCGACAGAUCAAACAGUUGUCUUUUUUUUUGUAGUGGUUUACAAACUAUGAUAUAACUCUCUCUCACAGAGACUACAGUUCCCCAUAAGAAAAGACAACAACAAAAAUAAUAGCAAAAAAAAGAGCAAAAGUUUUUAAAAAUUAUUUAUUUAUUUGUUUUAUUUUAUUUAGUUUUUUUUGGUUUUAAAAACUUUCAGUUGUCGUGUUGUUAUAAUAUUAUUUAAACCCAUUAUUAUUAUUAUUAAAGAUAUGAGAGCUGUUUUAUCAUUAUUGGAUUUAUCAUUAUUGAUAUCAAUAUUAUUAUCCAUAUUAAUCAUCUCAUUGUGUUUACCACAACAACAACAACAACAUCACCGACAAUCACAACAACAAUCACCACAACUGGUUUAUACUCGCAAUACUAACUGUGGUUAUGAUUCGUGUCCAAAAACAAUUGACAAUUAUCUUAAUAUACAUAUCGUAUGUCAUACCCAUCUGGACACCGGCUGGACUGAGACCUAUGAUGACUAUUACUAUAGAUACGUCCGGAUGAUCUACAAUUCAGUGGUACAGUCGCUGUUUGAAGUGCCGACCCGUAAGUUCAUAGUAGUGGAGACAUCGUUUUUUUCCCGUUGGCUUAACGAACAAAACCAUACCAUCUAUAAUCGGGUCCAAUGGCUGGUCAGGAGAGGUCAACUAGAGUUCAUCAGCGGCGGCUGGAGUAUGAACGACGAAGCGGCCGCCCACUACUCGGCCAUCAUCGACCAGAUGACAUACGGUCAUCGUUGGCUGAAUCAGACGUUUGGCGAGUGCGCCAUACCMCGUAUUGGCUGGCAAAUCGAUCCGUUUGGCCACUCCCGCGAACAGGCAUCCCUAUCGGCACAGAUGGGCUUCGACGGUCUAUUCCUCGGUCGUAUAGACUAUCAGGACAAACUGUUUAGGGAACGACAACAAACACUGGAGUUUGUCUGGAAGGCCAGUCCCAGUCUCGGCCAAUGGGCCGACAUAUUUACCGGUGUUCUGCCCAAUGUUUAUUGGCCGCCAAAAAAUUUCUGUUUCGAUGUCAACUGUUUCGACGAUCCCAUAACCGGCGACAAUGCCGAACGUAAGGCCCGCGAAUUUAUACGUAUAGCCCGCGAACAGGCCCGACAUUACGGUACGGAUCAUACGGUGAUUACUAUGGGUAUGGAUUUCUAUUACCGAAACGCUGAUGUUUGGUAUAAAAACUUGGACCGACUGAUGACGGCCAUCAAUGGUCUGCAGUCCCGGGAAAAGGUUAAUAUUAUCUAUUCGACGCCAUCGUGUUAUCUGAAAUCGUUGAACUCGGCCAACAGGACCUGGCCUAUCAAAUUGGACGACUUUUUCCCGUAUGCCGAUGCCUGGAACGCCUACUGGACCGGUUACUUUACUAGUCGUCCAUCACUGAAAUAUCUGAUCAAAAACGGCAAUAAUCUGAUACAAAGUGGCAAACAGUUGUCGGUUAUGUCGCGUAUGUCACGGGUAUUGUCACCAAAGUUGCAACCAUUGCAAGAGUCGAUGGGUAUACUUCAACAUCACGAUGCCGUUACCGGCACCUGCAAACAGUUUGUCAACGACGACUAUGUCCGUAUGAUGUCACGGUCGAUGGCCGCGGCCGAGGAAGCGGUAAUUGAUUCGUAUUAUUAUAUACUUCAGUCGUCGCCGUCGWCGACCGAAGAUCUGGUUUAUCAGACAUCAUCGCCRGACUAUUCGCGUCCAGUGUUUUGCAAUCAACUGAAUGUUAGCGAAUGUCACAUAACUGAGCGAAUAGAGGACGGUUGGGAUACGGCAGUCAUCAUCUAUAAUCCGUUAGCCCAUCCCGUCCAGCAUUAUGUUAGGCUACCGGUUCGGGACUUAAGAUUUCGGGUUAGGGAUGCAUCGGGAGGUCUCGUACAGACACAGAUUGUACCCAUCAAUCCCAAGAUAUUAUCGCUACCCGACCGCAACUCGAUGGCCGUCUCGGAACUGGUAUUCCAGGCCGUACUGCCGCCGCUCGGCUUCUCCAGCUUUAUUGUCGACAAAAUAGGCAACGAUUUUCAAAGUUUAAUCGCCAGUCAAGAAAGCGAUACAAUAGAUGGCACUUCAUCUUCGUCUUCAUCAUCAUCAGCACCGGCUGGUGAUGUCAUUGUCGAUAACGGAAAGAUUAGCGUCCGGAUCGAUGGCCGAACUGGUCUGCUGAAAGAGAUUGGCCUAAAAAAUGGCCAAAAAGUACCGCUCCGACAAAAUUUUCUGUACUAUCAGGGAGAGGAUCGGUUUAAGGGCGAAAAACCUUCCGGUGCCUAUGCUUUCAAUCCCAGUCAUCAUAUACCGGCAUCGGUAUCAAACGGUGCUACCUAUAAGAUAGUUAGGGGUCGAUUGGUCGAUGAAAUACAUCAGAAAUUUCUACCCUGGCUAUCCCAGGUGAUCCGAUUGUAUCGCGACUAUGACUAUAUUGAAUUUGAUUGGAUAGUCGGACCGAUACCUGUACGSACCGGUUACUAUGAUCAAGGAUUGGAAAUUGUCAGUAAAUAUGAUACCGAUUUYCGGACAAACGGUACAUUUUUUACCGAUUCUAAUUCAAGAGAAACUAUUCGCCGAAUACGUAACUAUAGGCCGACCUGGGAUCUGGAAACUACCGAACAAGUGGCCAGCAAUUACUAUCCGGUUGGGAGUUGGAUAUUUGUYAGGGACUAUGCCCAGGACUUGCAGAUGACUGUACUGACCGAUAGAGCUCAGGGCGGCUCCAGUAUGUCGGAUGGAUCUAUUGAACUGAUGCUUCAUCGGCGGCUAUUGUAUGAUGACGGCUACGGUAUGGAUGAGCCGCUCAAUGAACCAGGUAUCGACAAUAAGGGACUAAUAGUUCGGGGAAAACAUCGACUGAUCAUCAAUGGUAUCCAACARAGUGUACGUCAGAUGCGGACAAUGAGCAAGACGUUGACCUGGCGGCCGAUACCGAUGUUUCGGCGAUCGCCAACCAACGUUGGUGGUGGUGGUGGCGGYGGACGGACAGCCCGAUCGCGUGGCACCCGAUCACAGUUGUCGCGCACCGAUCAGUACAGCAAUUUUGUCGGCAUCAACAACCUGUUGCCCAAGAAUAUCCAUUUGYUGACAUUGGAGGCCUGGGAUGCCGRCACCGACGAUAAUGUUGUACUAUUGAGACUCGAAAACUUCUACGAAAUCAACGAAGAUCCGGACUAUUCGACACCGACGGACGUAUCGCUCAGGAAUCUGUUUACAACUUUCCGUAUAAUUCGGGUCCAGGAGAUGACACUGUCGGCCAAUCAGCACCUGUCGUCGGCCAAACGCAGUCGUAUGAAGUGGCGGCCAGAUUUUGAUCCCUAUGCCGACUAUAAGUCAGCCUACGAUCGGGUAGACAAUUCGGUCUAUGAAAACCUGACAAAUAGUGACGAUCUGAACCAGACGUUUAUCAUAACAUUGAAACCGAUGCAAAUCAGGACAUUCCUGUUGCGGGUCGAGUCCCGGCGUAACUGUCCGUAUACUGGGUUUAAUGUACCGCAACGACAACGGCGUCGGUUCAGUGCCAACGGUUUGGACUGUUGAUGAUGAUGACACCCGCUGAGUGGUUUGGAUAAUAUUAAUAUCUGUAUAAAAUUAACCGU